UUAUAUUUUAUAGGAGGCCAUAAUAAAAACUAAUAACAACAUUUUGGUUCUUCUCUGAAUAUCUCAGCCCCCUCCAAGGGUAACUAAAACCUGUCCAGAACACCCCUGUGUACCUAUAUAACACCUCCCUCUCUGUAACAAUAGUUGGAUCAAUAACCCAUUAAAAUAAACCUGGUUGGACAGAGCAGCAGCCUGCAUUAACCCCCGCCAAGCUGGUCAGGAGUAAGAGGGGGUUGUUCAUAGGGAACACAGGGUGUGUGUGUGUUUCUCCUGGUUCAGGAGGGAAUAACACCCUGAGCACUAAACUAAUAUAUACAUUAGCAACCGCAUCUAAGCUCCACACAAGCUCACCUAGCGCAGGCACAGCUCAGACUGCAGCACAGACAGGAGCAACAGAAGCUCAGACUGGAGCAACAGAAGCAAAGACAGGAAAGGAACAGAAGCUCAGACAGGAGCAACAGAAGCGCAGACAGGAGCAACAGGAGUAACAGAAGAAGCACCUUGUAAAGAAGAGAAGGUUAAUCUGCCUUUAGAACUGUCCAGCCAAGAGGAACCAAUUGCACUUUCCCCACAUGCUCAGUGACUGAUCGUUACUCCCAUUCUAAGCUGUGCCAUCACCUGCCACCAUGGGAUUUGCCUACGCGCCAACCACAGCCAUUGAAGGAGCGUUGCGCUGCGUCUUGGCGCAUGAAAACUGGUGACAACUUGUAGAGGAGACACGUGGAUAAGAGGCAACACUCGGUGCUGGUUUUGGGUUGAGAAGCGACCGGGUUUACAAACAGAUGGGGAGAAGAUAGGAGCAGCCAGAGAAAUGUCAGAGAGAGGCAUACAGCCAGCAACUUCUUUUUGGUACUAAAGAUCUGGUUAAUUGGGUCGAGAGAAUGGAUCCAGUUCCUCUGCUAAUGGCUUCUUAUCUAGAGCCUGAAUCGAAGGACAUUAAUUACAGCUUUUUCAAAAAUGCUUCUGAAAACAAAACAGAAAUUGAGCCUUCGGUCUCUGGAAUGAGCACCUUUAUCAUCCCUUUAAUCUACCUUUUGGUGUGUGGGAUUGGACUUAGUGGUAACACGUUGGUCAUUUACGUUGUUCUGCGCUACGCCAAGAUGAAGACAGUCACUAACAUUUAUAUCUUGAACCUGGCGGUGGCCGAUGUCUUGUUCAUGUUGGGUUUGCCAUUUCUUGCCACCCAAAAUGCCAUUUCUUAUUGGCCGUUCGGGACUUUUCUGUGCAGACUGGUGAUGACAGUGGAUGGCGUUAACCAGUUUACUAGCAUCUUCUGCCUCACUGUAAUGAGCAUUGACCGGUACCUGGCUGUGGUUCACCCUAUCAAGUCCACCAAGUGGAGAAGACCAAGAGUAGCAAAACUCAUCAGCGCCACAGUAUGGACUCUCUCUUUCCUAGUGACUUUGCCGGUUAUCAUCUUUUCUGAGGUCCAACCAGAUUACCACACUUGCAACAUCAGCUGGCCAGAUCCUAUAAGUAUCUGGGCUGCUGCCUUCAUCAUCUAUACAUCAGUAUUGGGCUUCUUUGGACCUUUAUCGGUGAUUUGCCUCUGCUACCUUCUCAUCGUAAUUAAGGUAAAGUCCUCAGGUCUUCGCGUUGGUUCCACCCGACGUAGAAGGUCAGAACGCAAGGUGACAAGAAUGGUGGUCAUCAUCGUGGCAGUGUUUGUCUUCUGCUGGCUCCCGUUCUACAUCAUUAAUAUAGUGAACUUGUCUUUCUUUGUGCCGGAGGAACCUGCCUUUGCAGGAGUCUAUUUCUUUGUGGUGGUCCUUUCUUAUGCCAACAGCUGUGCCAACCCUAUCCUUUAUGGCUUCCUCUCGGACAACUUUAAGCAGAGUUUUCAGAAAGUUUUGUGCCUACGCAAAAGCAACGGCAUCAAAGACGCUGACCUGACGGAGAACAGGCAAGAGAAAAGCAGUCGUCUGCAAGAGACCAUGCUGCCGUCACGGAACUCAGAGUUUAAUGGCCACAUGCAAACCAGCAAGGUCUGAAUUUUGACCCCCUUUCCCUUUUCAAAAAGAUGUAAAAAUUAAAAAUAAAGAGCACUUGAGGCAAAAAAAGAAAAAGGGGAAAAAAUACUGCUUUUAUGAAAUGGAAAUUUAGACUGAAGCACUGAGAGGAAUCAGGAUGGAAUAUAUUUAAAGAUGAAAGAGUGUAUAUAUUUAGUAUGGCCUGGAGAUUACUCACAGUAUUUCAGUAGCUAUCACCUUUGGAUCCAUUUUCUCUGCUACCAGUGAUGUUUUUGCCUUUCUAUCUUGCCGUCUAUGCAUUAUCAUAACUGUCCAAAAAACAAUUUGUGGAGGCUCUUCUGACACCGCACGCAUUGUAUUGCUUUCUUUCUGUCUGAUAAUGUGCUUUCCGUCCAAAAUUGGAGCGACCCAAAACCACACUUUCCAGUUUAUGGUCAGGUUUGAACGUUUUCCUUUGGAAAAGAUUUCUAUUUGUACAGUCGAAAAAACAUUCCGCAAGUCGUGACGCCCAAAUGCUGGCUAGCCUUUGUUUCUGUUAAAAAUCAGAGGGGCCACGUAUUGUUUAUUGAAACGGUGAGAUGACUGACAACAAAUCCAUAAAGGACAAGGUUAUGAUUCAUAAUCAUUAAGGACAUUGAGGCGUCUCUGACGCAAGGAAGAGGGCUUCAAAGAAGAAAUGUUGCCAGACUGUGAAUGAGGAAUGGCCAAGGCCUGCAUGUGAAUUGGCAUCCUUGCUUAGCAUGCAUGAAAGGUCUUAGAGUGAUCUAAGGAAUACAAUGAAAAGUGAAUCAGUUAUCAGUAUAGGGGCCACUUCAAUAUAGGGCCCUGGUAAACAGUAUUUUGCCUUGUUCCAAAGUGGGGUCCUCUGUCCACUCCUGGUAGAACGGUCAAAUGGGGUUCUGGUGGGGCAACUGUAAAGUAGGCGUGCCUGUUUGGUAAAUUUAAUCCAGUACAACAACUGCUUGAGGGUUGUAGGGUGGGACAUCCUUGACCCAUAACUUUUAUAUUCAAGAAGAAGUCACAGUGACCCACAGCAACCAAUUAGCAGUCAGCUUUAAUGGUCAGUUUUAGUCACUUUGAUGAAAUCAAUUUACUAUUUCACUGUUAUACAGGUAUAGGAUCCAUUAUCCAAAAACCCAUUAUCAAGAAAGCUCCGAAUUACAGAAAGGCCGUCU